AUGUCCGAGCGACAGCAGGGAGUUGUGAAAUUUUUCAUCAAUGAAAAGAGCUAUGGCUUUAUUACCUCUAAGGCGGGCGAAAAUCUAUUCGUACACUUCAAGGAGAUUCAAGAAAGCGGUUUCACAACUUUAAAGGAAGGCAUGGCAGUGACAUUCGUUGCAAGACGGGGACAAAACGGCAUGCACGCGACGGAUGUGCGGAUAGCGUGA